AUAGAUUCGCGUUUUACGUUUUCUUUUUUCUUAAAUUUACAAAUACAUACAUACUGUCUACAACAUUCUAGGCUACUGAGGCAUAACGGAUUGUCAGGCUAAUGCAUUUUAAACACUUAUUUGAAAUAGCAUAUUAAAAUAAUUUUAAAUAAUCGUGACCCCGCAGUUACAGAAAUGUCAUUUAUGAUUUUUAAACAACGAAAAGAAAUGCCGUUGCACCCGGUUUCGUAGGCAGGCGUGCUCAGGGACACUGUUUUCGGCACAACACCGAAAUGCAAAACCAUGGCAUUGCUACAAAAUUAUUUAAUACGUAAGUGACGCGUUAACAAAAAAAACACCAGCCGUAUACUUUGUUUAUACCCUCAGAUUUGCGAAAGUAUAUAUCUGAAUAAAUGAGUUUGAUGGUCGCUGAUUUGUUUUGUUUACCUAUUGUUUACCCAUAAUGCACUUCGAUUGUCAGGAAGUGUUCGUGGCGCGCUACUUCGAGUGAUCUAAUUUUUUCUCGUAGAAAGUUCGUUUGACAGGAAUCGCUACGUGAUGGAGGGACUUUCUUCUGAUAUUUUUCGUCAAAAUUUCCAUCUCAUCUCUCAUUUUGGAAAGAUAAUCUCAUUUAACUGCAAACAGUAUUCAACCGUAAGCGACGGCGAAGUGAGCGAACUGAUUUUUCGCAGGUUUUUCUUUGAACCUCGAGGCAACGCGUUCCUGAAGGCAGCAGAAGGGUCAGUCGUCAUCAGCAGGAAAACAACAGACAAAGUAGAGAUUGCGACAUGCAAAUGUGUCACAGAUGUCCAGAAGAGAGCUAGAACACCUUGUGUUUUGGUGUCAAAGAAGAGAGUGAAAGGCGAUAAAUUCGUUUAUCGUCUUUUCACGCUGAGCAGCUUAAACUGCCUGGAGCCCUGCAUUGAAUUUAAACUCUCCUACGAAAUGCAAGACAGCGUGUGCAUCCUUCAGGGUCCCACAGUGUUGUGGUGUCACGAGAACAGGAUUUUUUACACAUCCAUCCAUGCAGAAGGGGUUAAACAAAUACCCAUAGAAAUAUCUCAUUGUAUUUUUGGAGAGCUUCCCAUCCCCAAAGGACACAUUUUUGUUCUUGGGCUGCAAAGUCGUCCAGAACAGUUACCAAAUAACCAUCCAACAAACCAAGUAGUCGGCUACUUUCCUUGGUAUGGGCAGGUGUUUAAUGGCGCUGCUAUUUUACCUCAUCCUUAUAUUCCCAUUGCACAGUGUGUUUUGGUGCUUUCGGCUGAAAAAGACGACCAUUUGCUGAAAUGUGCUGUGGUUGCAGCAACUUCAAAUCAGCAACUUGUGUAUUUUGAAAAUGGAAUUGUGAAAGAUGUCUGCAAGCUACCCUUUGAGCAUGCUGAAGACAUUCAGGUGGUUAACACAGGAAGAAAUGGCAUCCUGUUUGUGAUUUUCUCUAAACAGGGGAAUGCUUGUGCAAUAUGGAAAGAAACAUUUCAGGUCGCUUCUCAUUGGUCUGGAGUCAGCUCCGUCUACGUGGAUGAUUAUCUGGGAUGUGGAACAGACCAGAUGCUGCUUUUUAGAGAUCAAGGAGCAGCUUUGGAAAGCUUCCUUCUCACUGACCUUUGUGGUAUUUCCUUCUCUUGGGGUCAAGAAUCUGAAGCAUCAAAGACCACCCCGCCACCACAAGAAAACUUUCUCCUGACUCUUCAAGCUUUAGAAUCCAGGCUACAGAGUGGAUUGAUCGUCCUUCAAGAGCUUCAAAGCGAAGUGAGAGUGAAGGACAGAGUUCUGCAGCAGUCAGUCCGAGUCCUCACUGAUGCGCUUUCAGAACAAGAGACCGUUCUCUCCCAGCAUGAGCAGGAAGGCCUUGUAGCUCUGUGGGACAGUGAUGACGAGUCAAAAGAAGAGACUUCAGAUGACAGGAUGCAAGACACGCCAGCAGUGUCUUGGAAACCUCAAAUUGACAAGCUCUGGCAUCGCUUCACCGGGGACCGGAUGGUUGUAGGAGUGAUACUAACUACCGAGAGUGCCACACCGGUGACUGAUGUGAGCUUAUCCCUCCUGACAGAGGCAGGCCAGAGCUCGGUGCCUGCGGUAAUCCAGACCCUGAGCCAAGUGUUCCGGCUCCCCGCGCACCGCCCCUCGACACCAUCCCUCUCCUCCUCCACAGCUGCCUUCACGUUCUCGGAGCCCGCAGCCAAAAGAAGCAAGCAGCGCAUCGCCAGCGAUGAUCUCCACACAAGCAGAGUGGCUGUGACUGGGAAGACCGAGCUGGCACCUAUGCUGACCUCUGGCUGCGUCAAGUGCCGUGUCAUGCUCCAUUACGCGCAGAAAGCAGAUGCUUUAUCCCCUGUCAGCAAACCAACACCAACUGUGCUGCACUGUGGUCAAAUUUCUGUAGACAUUCAUGAUGUUGUUCCAAAGCCACUGCUGAAAACACCAGAGAUCAAAACAGAUGAGGUUAGCGAAGACUUGUUGAGUUUGUUGACGGUGCUGGAUCACUGGGUCCUACACAUAGACUCUCCUGAUUACAGUUUGGGUGAUGUAGGUGGCUGGAUCCAGAAGAGAGAGGGUUGUAAGAAGGUAGAAGUGAGUCCUCAGUAUCUGAUCAUAGAUUCUUCUGCACCAUCUGGUCUGAUGCUCCUGCACUGGGAUCAAAUAACCCCGUUCCGAGGGGAAUUGUCCAUCCACUGCAGCCAGUUACAAAUGCUCCAGUUCUUGGACUCAUUGCUGGCGUUCCUCCCUGCGUCCUGUUUCAUCCAACCUGUCAAACACGCAAAAAGUCAGAGCGCAGCCCAGGUGUUUGCCUUGGUUCUGGAAGACGAAGUGCUGUCCCUCAGGGAGUGCGUGUCGUUGCUGCUGUGUGGAGAAGAGGCGGGAAACGAGGAGCACUGCGAGGAAACCCCUGAUCCAGGUUGUGUGGAGGGGCUACAGAGGUCUAGAGAGGGGUGGCAACAGGCCGUGGAGAGGAGCAGGAGGAGGCUGAGCCCUCUGGUGGAUGUUGGGAUGUACCGGGAGGUGAUCCGAAGCAUUUCUGACAUGCAGAUGGAUGGGGACUUGGCAGGGCUUAUUUACACUCAGAGGACUUAACUCGGCUUAUAAGCUACAGACGUGAUUAUUGUUGGAAGUCCUGUUGUCAUCUCUGCCUGUGCUACAAAGCGUCUUAAUAAUAAAUUAAAUAAUCUCUG